CAAAAGUCUGCAAUGGUUCAGUCACUCCCAUUCUUGUUACUUCUUAUUUUUCUGUUGGUCUUUCAAUAGCUUUCUAAUUUCUUAUUGCCGUAUAAACUUUGUUUGAGCAUUGCAACUUGGAUAAUUUGUGCUUACUCAUGUACACGUCUAGUGGUAAUUUCUCUUGGAACUUUGGGGUACGUUUAUAGUCUGUUCAUUGUGGAGCUUUUGAAUUUCUCUUGGUCCAAGUUAGAAUGGGUUAUAAAAGUUUUUUUUUCUUUAAGCGUAAUUAAAGGCCCUUAUUAUUUUCUUUUGAGCAGUAUCAACUGUUUGCUUGCUGUCAGUAUAUUUUUGAAAGUUUGAAUUUUUACAUGGCAAAUAUUGUUUGCUUUGCUUGCAAGGUCCCUUUACUCCAGUAGAGCAUCAAACCAGACGGAUAUGUAUUGUUUGCUUACUGUCCUUAGGAACAUGGAUCCCCUUUACGAAUGUUGCUCUUUGAAUGGAAAGUUCUCUCAGAAUACAGGCUAAUUCCGGUGUGCUUACUAAUUUCGACGUGCUCAAAUUUCUAGAAUCUAGAGGGGCUUCUGAAGAUUCAGCACGGGUUUUUUCUGACGUAACGCCAUCAGAGAAUAAGGUUUAUGGUUACUUGUUUGGGACUCCUGCUCGUGGUCAAACAACGGAGAAUAUCAAUGAGUUCAAGGAAAAGUGUAAGAAGUAUGACCUUGCGGAAGCUGAGGUGCUCAAUAUCAUCAACACUAGGCCAUCUAGCAUUGUUGGAAUCUACCCGCUUAUUGAGAAUUGCGACUUGCGUUUAGGAGAUACUGUUGAAGAGCUGGUAGAAUUGGUGGUAGAGGUGUUUCCAUCUCCUCUUCCAGCAAAGACUGUCGAAAAUGAUGCAAAAACCACAAAUGUGGAAAAAAUUGAAGACCAGAAUGAUAACGAUGAAGGGAAACCAGAAAAUGAGGAAGAAAUGGAGACAAUCGAUGGGUCUUAGGACUGGCCGUUAAUCUUUUCUUAAAAAUUUUGUGUUCAAAAGCGUUCCAAUGCCAAUACCAAUGUUGGAAGACACAUGAAUUUUUGAACUUGUAGGUUUGAGAGCAAGUUUAUCAUGUUCUAUGUGAUUCUUUCCUUUCGUUUUUACAUGUACAAGCGAUAAUGAAGGAAGGAGGUUUUGGUAUUAAGCACGUAUUUUGUUCUGCAUUCGGCAUCGACUUUAUUCUUAAUG